UAGAACAAGGUGGCCAAGAUAAUUCCUCCUCAAUUUCUAAAACCCAGUUUAACUUUCUACCAAAUAUAUUGUCAUUGACAAGGGGUACUAGUUCUAGGAUCUAAAGAAGCUGCUUACUUGAUCUGAUGCUCAAAUCCCAUCCAUAGUAUUCCUGAAUGUUGGAAAACCCCAUCUGUUUCUUAACAAUGGCACGAGCUGGACUAGAUACAACCAAUUUAGAGUCCCCUGGACAAUUAUUGACGAAACCAGCUGAAGAGGAAGAAGGACCACCAGUAAAAACACUAAACUCAAUGGAACGAUAUAGAAACGAGUGGCUCAAUCUUUUAACUUCAUUGCAAAAGAACUCUGAUGAUAUUCGAGAGUUUUCAUUUGAUGGUGGCCUGCAAACAUCCAAAUUCCGUAGUGUUUACUGGUCGCUUCUCCUACGGGUACUAAGCGAAGAUUCUUCAACAUGGCGGGAACAAAAAAAACAACAGAGGCAAAGUUACGAUAUAUUAAGGAAGGAGUUUGUUAAAAAUCCCCAUGAAAACUUUAAAAACCAUAUUCAAGAUGAUGAUCCACUUUCACAGUCUUCCAAGAGCGUUUGGAAUCAGUAUUUUAGUGACCAGGAAUUAUUUGGAGUUAUCCGUCAAGAUGUGAUACGAACCUUUCCAGGAGUAGAUUUCUUUCGUAAGCCCGCUAUUCAAAAUAUAAUGAGUAACAUACUAUUUUAUUAUGCCCGUGAUCAUCCUUACAUGUGCUACCGCCAAGGCAUGCAUGAAAUAUUAGCACCCGUUCUCUUUGUCUUGUAUGGAGACCAUCAAAGUUUAUUGCACUAUAUAGAGAUCGCAAACAAUUUGGACAUCGAUAAAACAUUAUUGGAUGUGAUUAACCCCUCUUUCCUGGAAGCCGAUGCUUAUUUUUUAUUUUCCCGCAUCAUGUCGUGCAUUGAGUCGUACUAUCGUGUGUGCGACGAUUCUAAAAAUUCCAACUGUGAGUCGCCGAAUAAGGAAAACGGCAUAGCUUAUACUUCUGAAGCUGAAGUAGUAGGCCAACUCAAUUUCAUACGCGACAAAAUUUUAGCUAAAGAGGAUUUGCACCUACACAACUAUUUGAAAAAGCUUGACAUUCCAUUGCAUCUUUUUGGAAUACGCUGGUUGCGCUUAUUGUUUGGUCGUGAAUUUGCGUUGCUAGACCUUCUUAUUUUGUGGGACGCUAUUUUUGCAGACAGUGACAGGUUUGAUUUGCCAAACUAUAUACUGGUGGCGAUGCUAAUAAGAAUACGGCAUAAGUUACUUCUGAGCGACUAUACAACGUGUUUGACGUACUUAAUGCGCUACCCUCAAAAUGUGGACGUUAAUCUAAUAUUAAGACACGCGCUACACAUGAAAAUGCCAAAGAAAUAUGAUCGACCUACAAACGCCUUUAUUUACUUUACAAUGCCUUCUGCACCCCGAACGCAGUAUAUGUCAUCUUCACCCAAAAGCAAUGCAAAGAGGGAUAUUCCCUCACAAGAAGACCCUGGUCGCGCAACUUGCUGUAGGUCAUUGGAAGCAAACGGCAUAAGGGCGAUGGAAAAGGAAAUAACAUUGAUGCAAACUCGAAACGCCGUCGACGAUGCUUUGUUGGCUAAAUUUAGAUCUGCUUCAGAGGAGAACGGUUGGGCCAUGGAUGGCUACAAAAGCAAUGUACAUAAAACCGAAAAAUACAUUGAGAAUUUACAAUUACUGCGAUUGGAACUUAAAAACGCACAGACCGUUGUAACUGUCGCCCGUAGUAAGCUGGAAGUAUAUUUGCAUACGUUGCGCCAACAUGUGUCCCAACCUACACCCCCAGUUUGCGAAGCGUUGGAUGGUAUCGAGGAACUGUGUAAAUUUUUAGAUGUGACAUUCAUUUUUCCCUCUCUGUUAGUAAGUGGUCCCAUUGAUCAAGCCCUGGAAGCAAAUGAACAACAGAACUUUCAAGGGAAGACUGAAUUAUCGAAUAAACAUUCACGCCAUUUCAUGCCGCAAUCACCCGACUUAUUAUCCACCAGCAGUGAAAUUCCCCGAACAACAACAUACGAGCGUCCUGACAAUGGAUUCAUGAACGAAUCUUCACAUAUAUUGGGCAACAUUAAAGAAAUCGAAUUGAUUCCCAUAAUAUCGGGUGAAAACUUAGUGGAUCAAUUAGAUGGUGUUCCUGGUGAUGUGAUUAGCAAUAAAACCAGCGUUGAAAAGGGUAGGCUACCUAUUGCCAAUCCUUUAUGUCUAGAAAGUUAUAGCAAACAUUUGUAAAUUUUGUAAUAAAAGCAUCAAAAGCAAACUUAUCAACA